ACAAGCUAGAGAGUGGACUAAACUCUGCUAUAUUCAACUAGUGCCGUUGAUAGCACAAGCUGGACUCUGCUACAUCUACUGUGCUCAAAUCAGCACGGUUAGCACUUGCUGCAUUGACCUUUCUGCACCUUGUUACUACAAGCCAGAGAGUGGGCUAAACUCUGCUAUAUUCAACCACUGCCGCCAAUAGCACAAGUUGGACACUGCUACAUUCACUGUGUUCUAAUUAGCACGGCUAGCACUUGCUGCAUUGACCUUUGGCACCUUGCUGUGUCUACUCCUGGUUUUGAGAUCUGUACUGGCGGGACUACAUCGACUAGCACGUGGGACGCCUUGCUGGCCGCACACACAUCGGGGAGAGACAUAGCAGAAGGAGCGUGCAAACAAACAGAGAGCUACUAAAGUAGGAAGAUUAAGUGCUGGCAAGUCAGCAGAGCUGAGCGCAAUCAAAGGAACAUAACAAGCUGAACCAGGAGGGCUCCAACAACUGAUCAUCAAGCAGCCAAACAAAGCACAGAGAGGUCUCCACAAAGUGCUUCACAUGGCCAAUUUACCAUUUUUCAUUUUGGUCCUCGGCUUAUGUCAAAUUGAAGCCACUGUCCGAAAGCCAAGCAUAUUAUUGCUUUUGGCUGAUGACCUUGGAAUUGGGGAUGUUGGCUGUUACGGGAAUGAUACUAUAAGGACUCCAAACAUUGAUAGACUGGCCAGAGAAGGUGUGAAACUGACUCAACACAUUGCUGCAGCCUCUGCAUGUACCCCAAGUAGAGCAGCGUUUUUGACUGGCCGAUAUCCUAUCAGAACAGGUAUGAGUGGCCAUGCUAAAAAACGGAUACUUAUCUGGAAUGCUGCAUCCGGAGGGCUUCCAACAAAUGAAACAACAUUUGCCAAAAUCUUAAAGGACCAAGGCUAUGCUACAGGGAUUAUUGGUAAAUGGCAUCUUGGGGUAAACUGCAAAUCAAGGGAUGAUUUUUGCCACCAUCCGUUAAACCAUGGCUUUGAUUAUUUUUAUGGUUCUAUUUUUUCACUCAUAAAUGACUGUGAAGCCUCAAGGCCAAGUGAGUUGGCCAUAGAACAAAGGAAUGUAUGGUUAAAUGCACAGAUAUUCCUCAUCACAAUGCUAACACUUAUAGCUGUCAAGAAAUGGAAAUUAAUCAAUAUUCCCUGGAAAAUUAUUGUGAUCUGUGCCCUGUCAGGCACAUUGUACUUCACGUAUUGGUAUAUUGCCUUUGCAUUUAUACCAUAUUGGAACUGUAUAUUAAUGAAGAACUUUGAAAUUGUUGAACAGCCGAUGGAAAUGGAAACAAAAGCUGGACAAAUAGUUAAGGAGGCCAAGGCGUUUAUUAACAGGAACAAAGAUGGACCUUUUCUUCUCUUUGUGUCUUUUCUUCACAUCCACACUCCUUAUUAUACUACAAAGGAGUUCAGAGGAAGAAGCAAACAUGACUUAUAUGGAGACAACGUAGAGGAAAUGGACUGGAUGAUUGGGCAAAUUCUUGAGUCGAUUGAUCAAGAAGGUUUAAUAAACAACACACUGACUUACUUCGCAUCUGAUCAUGGUGCAUACUUGGAAGGAAUGGAAGGCAGUCAACUGAGGGGUAGCAAUGGAAUUUAUAGAGGUGGUAAAGGUAUGGGAGGAUUGGAAGGUGGGAUACGAGUGCCAGGAAUCCUUCGUUGGCCAGGUGUUCUUUCUGCAAAUACUGUGGUUGAUAAACCAACAAGUCUCAUGGAUAUUUAUACGACAAUAGCUAAGCUUGGAGGAGGCACACCACCACAAGACAGAGUAAUUGAUGGCAAAGAUAUCAUGCCACUUCUGCAAGGACUUGUACCUACCUCUGAUCAUGAAUUUAUGUUUCACUACUGUGAUGAUUACCUGCACGCAGUUCGAUGGCAACAGACCAGCAGUGACACUGUUUGGAAGGUUCAUUAUAUUUCUCCAAAGUUCAGUCCAGAAGGAGCCGGGGCAUGUUAUCAAUCUAAGGCGUGCGCCUGUAGUGGUGAAAAUGUGAUCUAUCAUGUUUCGCCACUGCUUUAUAAUCUCUCCAGUGAUCCUUCAGAGAAGAAUCCUCUCUCUAAUGAUUCAGGACUAUACAAAGAGGUGCUGCAAACCAUACAGAGGGCUGUGGAACGCCAUAAUGCAACUCUACAAGCAGUACCCCUGCAGCUGUAUGGCUUAAACAAUGCAUGGAAGCCUUGGCUGCAGCCGUGUUGUGGACCUUUUCCAUUCUGUUGGUGCAAAAAAGAAAAUUCAAAAUAAUUGAAGUAUAAACAUUUUAUCCAUUAAAUAAAUAAAACACAUGUAAUAAAUUCAUAAAAUGGAUUAUAAUACAAGUAUAGUUUUAGUUACAAAGAGUUGUGGGAAUGCACUUUGUAAAGCUAUUGAAAAUCUGCAUCUAAUUUUUAGUCUGUUUAGUCUUAUUUUUAGGUUUUUAAAGAAAUAGCUUUGUUUCCCAUCAGACAUAUACACUAAAAAGGGUUGUCCCAUCUUGGACAUUGGAGAUAUAUUGAUAGGAUAUGCACCUAAUGUCUGAUAGUUGUGGGUCCCACCUAUCCUUAGCUCUGCGCCUAUCCUUAGAAGGGAGCCUGCAAAGGGACGGAGGGCAUCCAUCAGACAUUGGGGGCAUAUCAUAACAAUAUGCCCCCAAUGUUCAAGAUGGGACAACUCCUUUAACCCCUUCACGACUCUGGAAUUUUUUAUUUUUUUCCUCCCUGCCUUCCCGGAGCCUAACUUUUUUAUUUUUCACUGGUAUUUUUUUUUAUUUUUGCAUUUUUUUAUCUCUGCCUUCCCAGGCCCUAACUUUUUUAUUUUUCACUGCAUAUAGAUGUAUGAAGGCUUGUUUUCUGCAGAACGAGUGGCAAUUUCUUAUGGCACCAUAUAACAUUGCAUAUGAUAUAGUAAAAGGCUGGAAAACAAAAUUCCAAAUGGUGUGAAAGUGGGAAAAAACUUUCAACAUAGUUUUACUGAUUUAUAGUUUUUUACAGGCUUCAUUAUUCAAUAAAACUGACCUGUUCCUUUCAUUCAGUACAAUUACAGCGAUACCACAUUUGUAUAGUCUUUUUUUGUGCUUUAUUACUUAUAAAAAAUAAAAACUUUGA